AUGGCCACUACCGAACUCUCGGGUAGCAAAGUCAAGGAAACGAUUGUGAACUAUAUGAUAACGCAACUUAUAUUUGAAGAUGCUCAGUUUCUCGUACCUCAAAUGGCGAAACUUGCCGUGGAAGCCAAUUACAUUCCUUACGCUCAAAGACGAGGACGUGGAGUCAGGAGGCACAAUUGGUCAGCAGCUUUCGCGAAGGUUCGAUGGUGGAGACUAUGCUACAUUCGGUUGCGUAGAGACCAUAUUGAAUCUCAUGCCGUAUGGACCAGGCACGCGCCGCAUUAA